CUUGGGAGUACCCCUCCUGGGAGGGGCUACCCCUCAUCCACUGGGCGGGUUCCCUUCGCUCUGGGCAACUUCAGUGGUGGUCGCCCUAGUGCCGCCUUCUGAGCACGUGUCCUGCCGGACUGCGUCAGCGCUGGGUAAACAGAUGACUGGCUGCGCGAGCGCCGGGCGGGGCUAUUUAAGAGGCAGCCGCCCUCCCGCCUGCCCUGAACUUGGCUGGACAGCAGCCUGCUCCGCUGGAAAUCGCGAACGACAGCUGAUUGCCCAGCCAGAGCUGGAAGGAUUUCCUGAAGUCAGAAAUAACGGCGCUGGACUUUAAAAUGCGUCUGGCCAUGAAAAGCGGCGUGUGUCUGUGCGUGCUGAUGGCGGUCCUGGCUGCAGGCGCCCUGACGCAACCGGUAGCCCCUGCAGAAGCCGAGGACCCGGAGGUGCAGCGGCUGGAGGAGGCACCCCGAAAGCAGCUGAGGGCCGUGCUCAGGACGGACGGCGAGCCCCGAGCGCGCCUGGGCGCACUGCUAGCGCGAUACAUCCAGCAGGUCCGCAAAGCUCCUUCUGGCCGCAUGUCUGCUCUUAAGAACCUGCAGAGUCUGGACCCCAGUCACAGGAUAAGUGACAGGGACUACAUGGGCUGGAUGGAUUUUGGCCGGCGCAGUGCCGAGGACUACGAAUACCCAUCGUAGUGGGCCGGCCUCUCAGCCCUGCUUGGAGGAGGUGGAAUGAGAACACAACCAUGACACAACCCCUUGCCUGUGCUGUUUGUCAUUUUGAGUACCUAUUUAUUACGUUCCCAAUGUGAAAUCUGUCUGCUCAGAGUGUGUAAUGCAGUCACACGCCUCAGCCCAGCCAUGCGGUUGGGGGGUGGCA